AUGCCAGAAUUACGUCGUUCAGCCAGAGUCGCUGCAAAGCCAGCCUCCGAAUCUUCGGAGCCUCCCCAAAAGAAAGCCAAGCCUGCCCCAAAGAAGGAGCAGAAGCCAAAGACCAAGGAAAUUGAGGAAGGAGACCCAAUUCCUGAUAUCACUCUCUUAGAUGAAGAAGAGAACGAAGUUUCUCUUCCUGAAGCCGCUAAGAAGACAAAGUUCUUGGUUAUCUUUGCUUAUCCCAAGGCAUCCACCCCUGGUUGCACGCGUCAAGUAUGUGGUUUCCAGGCAAACUACGAGUUUUUGAAAAACUCUAACACUACUGUGUUUGGGCUCAGUGCUGAUCAACCUAAAUCGCAAAAGAACUUUGUCACCAAACAAAAAUUAGAGUAUCCCUUGUUGUCCGACCCUUCCAGAAAGUUGAUUGGCGCAUUGGGAGCUAAGAAGUCUCCUACUGGUAUCAAGAGAUCCCAUUGGAUCUUUGUCGAUGGGGUCUUGAAGGUCAAGAAGAUCCAAAUUAGCCCUGAGGUUAGUGUGAAUUCUGCUAAGGCUGACAUUGAGGAAUUCAUCAAGAAUGAAUCUUAA